AUGGCGACUGCAACUUUGCAUGAACCAUCGUACAUUACUGUGACGUCAGUUAGCACCAUGAUAGCCUCGGGCUCUAUUUCAUACAUAAGCGCUGCAAGCGAAUCAUCAAUAUACUUAUACAUAACUGUCAGCAAGACAGUAAAUGCAACAUCUGUUCCAUCGUCUACCGAGUCACGUUCCUUGGUGACACUUACCUCUCGUUCAUUGGCGCAAGAAACAGAACUUGAAGCGUCAUUGACUCAAAACUCCAAUGACGCGUUUAAUUCUCAGUCAUUGGUUCAAGAAACAGUAUCCAUUCCAUCACCAACUCAAUCAUCUAUCGAAACCCCUCAUCAAAAUACAACAGCAAUCAUCGCAGGUGCUUUGGGGGGAUUUAUCUUUGUGUGUAUGCUUCUCGCAGGGUUCUACUUUCUCCGUGGUUAUCAAUUGAGGCACCAAACCUCAACUGAAUUUAGAAAUGGCCAUCCAAUACUUCCCGGGAAAGAUGAUGGAAAUGAUCAUGUUCAUGAGAUGACAGGAGAAGGAAGACUCGGAUGUCCCCGGCAGGAGAUUGAGGGGAAUAGUGUUUCUGAACUCGAACAACGAGGUAGCGGAAAUCAUCAGGAACCAGUUGAGCUUUCAUCUUCUUUCCAUCGCAUCGGUACAAGCUACUGGUUAUGA